GGUGUGCCGUUCCACCUAGCCCCGCAUGCUCGUCACCCACGGUCUCGCGUGGCGCCGCUUCUACCCCCGCGCCCGCCAUUUGCCCAGCACCGAACGCGAGCCGCCAACGCGGUCGCGCUCGGCGCAGCUUCCAUCCCCCGCCCAACGUCGAGCGCAAGCCGCCAACGCGGUCGCGAUCAGCGCCGCUAGCGCUUCCACCCCCGCGCCCGCCAUUCGCCCAGCACCGAACGCGAGCUGCCAAUGCGGUCGCGCUCGGCGCAGCUUUCUUUCGCCCAACGCCGAGCGCGAGCCGCCCUCGCCGUCAGCCGCACCCUACCGUCGUCAGCCGCACCCGCCCUCGUCGUCAAACGUGCCCUACACUCUUCGUCAGUCGCGCCCCGCCGUCGCCGUGAAACGUUCGCCCAACGCCGAGCGCGAGCCGCCCUCGCCGUCAGCCGCACCCUACCGUCGUCAGCUGCACCCGCCCUCGUCGUUAAACGUGCCCAGCCCUCGCCGUGAAACGUGCCCUACACUCUUCGUCAGUCGCGCCCCGCCGUCGCCGUGAAACGCGCCUUAGCCUCUUUGCCAGCCAUGCCCUGCCCCGCCGUCAGUUGCCCGCGCUUAGCGCCAUCCACGCCCCGCACUCGCCGUCAAUCAGCGCCCCGCACUUGCCGUCAGCUGAGCCCGCGUUCGGUGUCAAGCAUAUGGUGUCAACCCCGCCGUGCCCUCUUUCGCCCAUGUCGUCAAGAUGCGGUUGGCGAACCUGUAAACUGAGUCCUCCAGAGUCUCGCAAACCGCCCGAAGCGUCACGUAACUCCGACUGCUUUCCGUCAAUCCCCUUUCGCCUCUCUCUCUCAGUACCAGCCACCAGCGAUGGCGUAUCGCCCGCCGAACGAGAACGACAGACCGCCUGGCGCGUCCCUCAGACACACCGUCGCCGGCCUCGGCGGGAAGCAGAAAGGACCUGGCUCGCUCAGAAGGAUGCAUGCCAAAGCUUCCUCGCCGGCUUUGAACCUGCGUCUGGACGCCGCCGCCAGCAUGCUCGUCGCCACAGCUGCCUCCACUCAUGUGCCCACGCCCGUCACAGCGAUGACUCCCAAGACGUCUCCACCACCUACAGCAGUGGGCACGCCGUACGGCCACCCUGCGCCCUCGCCUCUCGCUCAUGCGUACCACCACGUUCACAACCCCGACCGCGAUACCUCGGACGCGGACUCACUACGCACAUCGUACGGGUUCGGACCCAGCCCCAGCGCGAGCUGCGCCAGCCUGACGUCGCUCACCACAUCCGCCUCCUCGCACUACUCUCAAUCGCAAUCUCCCUUGCAUACCCGCACCUUUGUCGUCAAGAAGCCACUGCCGCCCACGCGAGCCGCCAACGCGGUCGCGCUCGGCGCAGCUUCCAUCCCCCGCCCAACGCGCACCCUCCUCGAUCUGCACGAGCGCGUCACCCCGUUCAACCGGGGAUCGCUCAUCCCGGGCCUGUUGUCGAAGACGCGUGGCACACGCUCAAAGAUGCCCCGAGGCACACGCGCGAAGACGCCCCCGGGGCAUCUGCUGGACAAUGCCCCAUGCCAUCACCAUCCCCAAAACGCCGCAACGUGCACCCCCCUCGUGCUGCACAAGCGUGUCGCUACGUUCGACCGGGGAUAGCUCGCCAGCGCGCCGCGCGGUCACGAAACGGGUCGGCAGUGCCCCGAGAGGUGUGCCAGCAGCGGGACGCCCGACUUCAACCACCACCGCCAAGACGCGGGACAUUCAAUUUCUACCACUAUUGCCGAGACGUGUGCCAUCCUCAUGCUGCACGCCGACGCCGCCGCCGCCGUCGCCGCCAGCGCCAGCAGCGAUAGCGCCAACCACCCCCGGCCAUUAGCAUGACCGCAAUGGCCACGUCGUCGACGACGAGCACGCUGCCGAUAAUGGUGUUGUCGUUGACAGCGGUCGCGCCCUCAACAGGGGUCGCACCGUCAUCCGUUGGCGCAGAACGCACGAACGCCUCGCCGCCAAUGGUCUCCUCGCCAUCAACAACGGGCGUGCAGCCGACGAUGGGGGUGCAUUCAACGACCAGUUCGCCGUGGACGAUGGGCACACCGUCGACGAUGAUCACGCCGUUUACAAGUGUAGGCAACAGCACUGUAUUAGAGUAGACGUAUAUACAUACUUGCAUCUAUGGCUAUCUCAUCUGUAUC